AUGGUGACGGCCAGCCCGGCUGCAUCAAAACCACCCGCAGGCGCGGAUAAGAAAUGCGACAUUUGCGAGGCGACGUUUAGCAGACAAGAGCACCUCGUUCGCCAUAUCAAGAGCCACACUCGCGAGAAGCCCUUCAGGUGCCUCAUCUGUGGCAAAGGGUUUGCUCGCCAGGAUGUCUUGAGCCGUCACCGCACGUCGCACCGGCAGGACAACCAAGAGGCUCGCACCGAUACGCGCUCCAGGGCAUGCAGGCAAUGUGCCACAAGCCGAGCCCGCUGCUCCCGGAGCGAUCCGUGUAGGCGAUGCGUUGAACGCAAUCUGGCUUGUACUUUUCCUGCGGCGCGGAAACCAAAGGCUCCAGGGAUUGUCGGCUCGAGGAUGGAGGUUGACGGUGAGCCGCGGGGUUCGAGUCUGGAGGCGAUUCACCAAACAGUUGGUAGACGGGCUGAAGACGGGGCUACUCUGCUUACGAUCGGACCUGGGGCGUCUGUCAACAUCAACGGUGCCGACCUCGACGAGUGUGGCCCUGAUGGAGCAAAUGGGACUCGGCUGGCAUCCGGAACCGAUGCUUGGGCCCAGCGACCAGCUCUGUUUCAAGUUUCACAGCCUGUUGGUUCGGUGGACCCCGGCACCCAGCGCAUCUACGAAUUCCAUUCCAUGUCGGGGUUGAACGAACAGGCCAUGGAUCUGCUCUCCAUGAACUGGAUGUCUCCUGAUUCCACGUCGUUUGGAUGGAACGGACUGAUUACCGCACCGCCCUACGCCGAGGACGACAAGAGCGACCUCUAUAUGCCGUUUCUCUUCCCUGCCGCGGGCGCCCUUCCCGAUCCUGAUCGAGAGUGUGUCUCUAGUAACGGUCAAGAACCUGGCAUUGUGCGACAUGACACCAGCGCCAGCAGUGUUGGCCACUCAACCUACACUCCUAGCAAAAUCGGAUCAGAGGUAAACAAGUCUGUUACUGGGAGCUACUACGUGGAUGGUGACGGCUCUAGAGCGCCAUUUCGUGGCCAAACUGCCCGGCGAUGGAGAGGCCGACACAACGAUGCAUCGACCCCAGGAAGCAGCAUCACCAAUUGCACAGAUGGUGGGCCAAGCGGUUCAUGGGAGGGCCCAUUGGUGAGUGCGGACGGCUACAAUAACUUGAUACGAGAGCUGGGGAGGGAGGAUUUGGUGGUCGAUGCCAACUUCUUCCCGUCUCUGCAGUGCAUCGAUGCAUGCGUCCGCUCCUACUUUGCAAAUUUCCAUCCAACAUUCCCCUUUGUUCGAAAAAAGACUUUUUUGGAAGAGUCAAACAACCACUGGAAACUCCUCUUGGCAGUGGCCGUGGUUGGGUCCAAAUACAAUACGUCUAAUGAAGAGCCACAGCUUAGUCCGGAGUUUAUGGCUAUUCUGGACAGCAUAUCUAGCAGCCAAGUGUGCUACCACGAGCCAGCAGAAAAUGAAAUUCCUUCAGGGUCACCAUCACAGGGGCUGGCACACAACGCAUUCGACCUGCCAUCGUUGCAGGCGGCUAGCCUCUCCUUGAUCUGCUCGCUUCACAGGGGCAAGUCAAAGAUGGCAAGGCAUGCCUUACUCCAGCGGCACUACCUUGUGGAAGCUUGCAACCAACUAAAUCUGCUAUCUGGGGAGUCUGAGGACACUCAUGCCCACCACGACUACAACAAACUUGUUCAGGACUGGUCAACGAAUCAGUCUCGCAUCAGGACUGGCUUGAUGAUAUGGUUACUUGAUGCCAUCAUCUCAUACGAGUUCAACGCAGCUUCACUGAUGCAGCUGGUGGAUGCCAAAGUCCUCCUGCCAUGUCAGGAUCAUAUAUGGGAAUAUCCAUCAGCAGAAAAAGUUAUUGCAGAACAGACAUCAUCUGUCACACUGCUAGCCGCAGUCGAAACGUUGUACAUCGAAAAGCGUCUCCCAGACAGCCUGAGCGAAUUCAGCACGAUCUUAAUCAUCCACAGCAUUUGGCGAAGAACCAAAGAGGUCAUCAACCAGAACCGUACGCAACUGGCAAAUUGGAUUCCCAGCGCCACCAUCCAAACACGAGAAGACCGCCAGAGCGCAUCAACAGAAACCUGGCCGCCGUCAAGUCCAAUCUUAUCAAAGUGGCGCAACAGUGCAUGCGACUGUCUAGAUAUCCUGCACUGGCGAGCUAAUGCCAAGGCAGCCACUGCUGGGGGACUGGAAUACCCUGCCAUCAUGUACUUGCAUCUAUCUCGCCUCAUUCUGCUCACGCCUGUAGCGCAAAUCCAGACGCUGGCGACUAAUCCCAGGAACACAAACACCACACAUCUCGCUGUUGACCAGGGAUAUACAGAUGCGAGAAACCAUGUGCUGAAGUGGGCAAUGAAUGACUCAUUCAAGGCUAGGCUUGCCAUCAUUCACGCCGGCGCCCUGUUUUGGCAUAUACGACGGUACUCGACAAGGAGCUUCCUGGAACCCUUUACAAUCUACAUGGCCACGCUCGUCAUCUGGGCGUACAGUGUCUCGGUGCAAUUUGCAAGACAGCAGGAAGAAUCUCAAGCUGCGCCUUCGAUGGAGGGACCUGAAGCCCGCACCGUGGCUGCUGCGUGUCAGCAACCAGCAACUUCCACGCAAGACGAAGGGCUGUAUUCGGAGCUCCCUUUUUUCUUCAUUGACCGGCCGUGUGACGAUGAGAUGGUGCAAAUGUACCUCCGCUUCGGUAAUAAAAUGUCUGCGCACAUGGCAAGAGUUGGAGUCAUAACGCAAGCCUCUGCUCCCAGCAAGAUCCUCCACGAAGGCGUCCGACUGCUUGAAAACGCCACGGCGGGUGUUGGCUCGGCGUCAAUAGCUAAUGAUGGUGGGCAAAACGGACCUGAAGCGAGCACAUGGGGGGCAGAGCGGACUUACAUGGAGGCGUUGGUUGCCUUGGCCCGGGCAAUGGAGCAGAAGCAGGCAUGA